CUCGGAGAAGUUCACAUCGGUCAUCAAAAUAAGCUUCUGUUACUUUGUGCCAAAUGCCAAUGGACUAAUGGAGGGUCCUUAGCUCUCUCUCUCUCUCUCUCUCUAGCUCGGAACACCCUCCUCGGCACUACCCAACCCCUCGUUCAGCCCGUCCCCUUUCACAAGAUUCUUACCCAAAUCUCGCCAGGUUUUUGUGGGCGUUCCAGCAAGUUACAUAAAUAGAAAUCGAAAACUUUAAUGUCCCCACCACUUCUUGGUGUUGGGGAGGAGGAGUGUCAGAGCAAUGGUACUUUGCUGGCUUCUUCAUCCUCCUUGGAAAGUGUAUGCGAGAAUGCUGAGUUGAAAGAGCAUAACUACAUGGGCUUGGCUGAUCGUCCUUCAGAGAACCGUUCCGUUGUUCCCACUGUCUUCGAGUGUUGCAAGAUCACCCUUACCCUGAAGGCUACUGAAUUGAGGCUCGGACUACCUGGAUCCCAGUCUCCAGAAAGAGAUGCAGACUUUUGCGCCAUAAGCUCGGCAAAGCUUGAUGAAAAGCCCUUAUUUCCUUUGCACCCUUCAAAUGAUGGUCACUACUCUUCGCAGAAAAUUGUUGUCUCAGGCAAUAAAAGAGGCUUUGCUGAUGCUAUGUGUUAUGCUUCAGAGGGAGAGUUCAUGGCAAAUCCAGAGGCAAAUGUCGUGCUGUCGCCCCGGCCAUCUCCAAAUUUAGGACUGAAAAAUUGUUCUGGCCCUGAAAGCUUCGGACAUAGACCAGCCAAAGUCAAAGAGAUAACAACCACACAGAUUGCACCAGAAACCCAACCUAAUGAUGGUUCCGGAAGAAAUAUCGCCAGUGCACCUGCUCCUAAGCAACAAGUUGUAGGUUGGCCGCCUAUAAGAUCGUUCAGGAAGAAUUCCCUAGCUACCACUUCGAAGAAUGCUGAAGAAGUCGAUGGAAAACCAGGAUCUGGUGCCUUGUUCGUCAAAGUCAGCAUGGACGGCGCUCCAUAUCUGAGGAAAGUUGACUUGAAACAUUACAGUGCAUACCAGGAGCUGUCUUCUGCCCUUGAAAAGAUGUUCAGUUGUUUCACUAUAGGUGCCCUGGGCCGGGAGAUGCUAAGUGAGAGUAACCUGAAAGAUCUUUUAGGUGGAGCAGAGCAUGUUCUGACUUAUGAGGAUAAAGAUGCUGACUGGAUGCUUGUCGGUGAUGUUCCUUGGGAGAUGUUUUUGGACACAUGCAAGAGACUUCGAAUCAUGAAGAGUUGUGAUGCCAUUGGACUAGCACCCAGGGCAGUGGAGAAGUCCAAGAGCAAGAACUAGCUAACAUUGCUAGAUAUCCGGUAGUCUGCAGGGUGGAACUUGGCUCAAGAUGAAAGGUCACUUGAACCGGAAGAAUAUUGGAAGUUGACAAGUAGGACAUCAAGAUCAGCUAAGGACCAUGUAUGGCUGCUCUACUCUGUUGCUGUGUAAUUCCUUUUCACUUGUGAGGGACUCAAAUGUCCCUAGAACUACGUUUCUACUAUAGGUUAUGCAAAAAAAGA